AUGGCGAAUUUGGUCCAGGAGAUGGCAGGGGCUCUUAGAGAGUCCAUGGACAUACUGAAAGCUGAACAAGUAGCUAGGACCAUCAAAGGAGAGACUAGAACUACUUUCCUAACAAAUGAAUUCUUUCUUUCAAACCUCAUCGAGUUCAAUGGCUGGCCCAACCCUAUGAAACAAGCCUAUGUUCCGAGAGGUGACCUAGGAGAGCAAAGGCCACAGGGAAGUAUGUAUGCCAUCACCGCAUCAAAGCAGUCUUCAAGACCAUACGUUGUGAGAGCUACAUAUCUUAUUUUCAAUACUUGGGCCAGUGUGUUGAUAGAUACCGGGGCAUCUCAUUUAUUCAUAGCAUCUGCAUUUGCAUCCAUGUUGGGGUUAAAAAGUGAGCAACUAGAGUCUCCGCUUGUGGUAGAGACACUCGUUGGGGGUAAGACUAUCUUGAAUCGGGGAUAUCGCAGGUGUGUAAUUCAGGUCAUUGACUGUCGACUUCCAUUCAACUUUAUGUCGUUAAAUAUGUUCGGAUUUGAUGUCAUCCUCGGCAUGGAUUGGUUGUCCUUCUAUUGUGCCAUCAUAGAUUGCUACUGUAUGAGCGUUACAUUGAGUGGUGAUUGUUUUUCUUUCUUGGGGAAUAGAAUCGAUAGGUUGUUGCCGCCAUUGUAUGACCCACGUAGCCGAGGUGAACUAAGCUCUCUCCUGGUAACCUUCUUAGAUGAUGGUAGUGGUAAGGUUCAAGAUGAGUUUCCUAGAGUGGUUUGCGAGUACUCAGAUGCCUUCCCAGAGGAUUUUACUAAAUUACUGCCUCACCAGGUGGUUGAGUUUUCCAUAGACUUAGUGUCAGGCAUGACAUCUAUCUCUAUGUCACCGUAUAGAUUUGCACUAGUUGAGUUGGUUGUCUUGAAGGAACAAUUAUAA